AUGGUGGUUGCUGUGGCUCCAAAUUAAACACGAAACCAAACCAAACCAUAAAUACAAGAAUAGUUUACUUUCACACACUUCCCUUCGUUGCUGAAAAGUAAUCUUCUUGCAUAUUCUGUUCACAUCAAUCUCAGCUAUGGAAACCUUUGGAGCCACAGCACUGACGAGUUCUCACACUGUGUGCCCUUCUCUUCACCUUCCUCGACCACUCUCGACCAGGGAGGGAAGGAGCUUCAGGGUUUGGUGUUCCUCUGAUCAAAGUUCCAUGGGAAAUCAAAUGAUCAUAUCUGUAACUGGAGCAACAGGUUUUAUAGGUAGAAGGUUGGUGCAAAAGCUGCACGCAGAAAAUCACGGUGUUCAUGUCUUGACACGCUCUAAAUCUAAAGCAGAACUAAUUUUUCCGGUGAAAGACUUUCCAGGAAUCAAGAUUGCAGAGGAGCCAGAAUGGAAAAAUAGCAUUCAGGGCUCAACAGGAGUUGUGAAUUUGGCUGGAUUGCCCAUAAGUACCAGAUGGUCUUCCGAGAUAAAGAAAGAAAUCAAGCAGAGCAGGAUUAGAGUGACCUCAAAAGUUGCAGAAUUGAUAAACAGUGCACCAGAUGAUAUUCGACCAAAAGUUUUUGUUAGUGCAACAGCUGUUGGUUACUAUGGAACCAGUGAGACACAAGUCUUUGAUGAACAAAGUCCAUCAGGAAAUGAUUAUUUGGCUGAGGUUUGCAGAGAAUGGGAAUCAACGGCCCUAAGGGUAAAUGGAGAUGUUAGAGUGGCUCUAAUUCGUAUUGGGGUUGUUCUUGGUAAAGAAGGUGGAGCAUUAGCUAAAAUGAUACCUCUCUUCAAGAUGUUUGCUGGUGGACCUCUAGGCUCAGGAAAUCAGUGGUUCUCCUGGAUUCAUCUGGACGAUAUUGUCGAUUUAAUAUAUGAAGCACUACGGAAUCCAUCAUACAAAGGAGUUAUCAAUGGAACAGCACCAAAUCCUGUGCGAUUCGCAGAGUUGUGUGUCCAGCUGGGACAUGUCAUGGGUCGUCCCUCGUGGCUGCCUGUACCUGACAUUGCGCUCAAGGCUGUCCUUGGAGAAGGUGCUGCUGUGGUUUUAGAAGGGCAGAAAGUGCUUCCUACUCAAGCAAAGAAGUUGGGUUUCGCAUUCAAAUAUUCUUACGUGAAGGAUGCCCUUAAAGCAAUUCUUUCUUGAAAGCAAUAUUAGGUACUAGCACACUGCAACCGGCACAUUCUUUAUUCUUUGGAUUAAUACACUGCCCCGUCCCAGACAUUAGUGGCAUCCCAUAUUGAGAUUUUUGAAAGUUGUGGUUGAGUUGUAGUUAAUUAUCAUAAUGUAAUUAGUAAACACAUGAUACCACGGCUGUUUUAGAACUGCCACGAAAUCGAUCAUACUACCAUCUUCCAUAUCUUCCUCUGCGUAGCUAAAUAAUACUUUGUUAUAGAGCUAGCUUUUGUGAUUGAUGCCGGCCGAACUCAAUUUGAAAUUGUGCCAUUUACCA